GCCAUCCGGCAAGAGAGAUUCUGAUUUGAAAUUUGUAUGGUACAGUAGUGUACUGUAUCUAUUUGAUUUAUGUUUCUUUUCUUGUUCUGUAAUGCGACAACCCUUUCUUUUCCCCACUCCCUCACGCGCUCUCUGACACUCUUCUUACUACCCUUGGGACUUGAGCACUCACCAACCUAUCUCUCAUUUUUGCCCUAAUGUAUGUGAACUCUGUAACAAACAAAUGCCCGUUGGCUGCAUUUGAAACCACUUUAUUUCUUUCUCAUAGUACAAUUUCUCGCACCAAUUAAGCUCAAAAAACCCCAUUUUAUCCUCGCUUUAACUUUUACCUUUUGUCGCUAUACCCAAACACACUCUACAUUACCGCAAAAGAGGCACAGAGAAAAAAAAACAGCUCAACUCCCAAGUCCCAACCAGAGGCAUAGCAUUUCAUCAAUGGCCUCAAUGUUGUUGAGACCCAUCCUCAUCACUCUCUUCACUACUUUCCUCAUCUCUCACAUUUCAGUACUGAAGGUAUCAGCGGCAACAGUAAUAUUUUCCAACAAAUGUCCGCAUCCAGUAUGGCCAGCCAUCCAGCCCGGCGCAGGAAAGCCCAUACUAGCCCGCGGCGGCUUCAACCUCCAGCCUAACAAAGCCUACUCUCUCCAAGUCCCACCUCUCUGGUCAGGCCGUUUCUGGGGCCGUCACGGCUGCACCUUCGACGCAUCAGGACACGGCCAUUGCGCCACCGGAGACUGCGGCGGAUCUCUCUUCUGCAACGGCAUCGGAGGAACACCACCAGCGACCCUCGCCGAGUUCACACUCGGGAAAGAUCUAGAUUUCUACGACGUGAGUCUCGUCGACGGUUACAACUUACCGAUUUCCAUUACUCCUAUAAAGGGAUCCGGUAAGUGUAGCAACGCCGGUUGUGUGAGUGAUCUGAACUUGAUGUGUCCGGUGGGCUUGCAAGUGAGGUCACGCGAUAAGCGCGUGGUGGCUUGUAAGAGUGCUUGUUCUGCUUUUAACUCGCCUAGGUAUUGCUGUACUGGUAGCUUUGGAAGCCCACAGGCCUGUAAGCCCACUGCUUAUUCUAGAAUCUUCAAAACUGCUUGCCCAAAAGCCUACUCUUAUGCCUAUGAUGACCCUACCAGUAUUGCCACUUGCACCAAUGCUAACUAUUUGAUCACUUUCUGCCCUCAUCACCACCGUUGAUUUAUUACUAGUAGUAGCUUAAUGUCAUAUUGAGUAUUAAUGUGUUACCGUUAAUGUCUUUGUGUUUAUUUUAUGUGAUGAUGGAUAGUUUAUGUUUGGUAGUAGUAGUAUAUCUACUAGGUCUUUUUUUAAUGUAGUACUAUAUUUAGUAACUCUUAUUAUUAUUUAUGGUUGGUUAAAGCUUAA